AUGACCGAACUCACAUUCGCCAAGUCUUUCAUUCACAUUCUCGAGUCGCGGCCUUCUAAAAUCACUGCCGACCAUGUUGAAGAUCCAAGAAAUUAUCCCUCAAGAGGGGCAGCUAUCCUUCCAAAGAUGCGAAAACCUCUCGCGAAACGUCUCAAGUUAGCUCCGGGGCAAGAACGUAGUAUUUCAGUAUCACUCAAAUCAUCACGAAACCCACCUCUCGACGUAAUACUCUCUGCCCUAUCACCAAAUACUUCAAUCCUCAACCUGAAGGAGUUAUUAUCCGAGAAAGAAGCCAUACCUGUAGAAAAGCUGAGGGUGCUGUACAACAAGAAGCCAGUCGGAGAUGCAAAAAUCCUGAAAGAGAUUAUCGGUGAAGAGGAGACUAAAGUUGAAUUUAGCAUCAUGGUAAUGGGUGGAGCUUGUUCCGUGAGGAAAGUCGAGAAUCUCGAGAAGACAGUAGAGGCACCUGUUGCACAAGGGCCUAGCGGCCUGGAAACUCUUGCCGGGGAAGAAUUUUGGGGAGAUUUGAAGGGGUUUUUGGUGCAGAGAUUAAGGAAUGAGGAGCAGGGAAACAGAGUGUAUGAAGUAUUUCAGAAAGCCUGGGAAGAAAACAAUAAAUGA